GCGGACGGGCGGCGUGAGGAGCGGCGGCGGAGCGCGAAGCCGCGGGGAACCGAGGGCGCCGGGCCGCCCCCUGCCCAGUCGUCGCAGGCCGCCAGGCCCCCUCCAGCCGGGGCCGUGGAGCACCGGGGCAAAGGCCGGGGCCCCCCCAUGAAGGAGCGCGACGUGGGCCCGGCCGAGCGGGGCAAGCCGGCCACCUACACCGGGGACAAGAAGGCGAAGAUGGCGGCCAAGACCAACAAGAAGUGGGUCCGGCUCGCCACCGUGUUCGCCUACGUGCUCUCCGUGUCGCUGGCCGCCAUCGUGCUGGCGGUCUACUACAGCCUCAUCUGGCAGCCGGUGGGCGCCGGGACCUCGGCGGGAGCUGCGGGCCCGCCUUCCGGCGGCUCCAACGCCACCGGCCCGUCCGGGACUUCGGGGGCAGCGGCCACGGGGCCCAACGCCACCUGGUCGUCCCGCCGCGAGGCCCCGCGCGACGAGCCCCCGCUGCAGGCGACGCGGCCGGAGCCCCCGGAGCCCCCCGCGGACAGCCCCCUGGCGUGGCCGCUCGAGGGCCCGCUGGGCCCGGACGAGGAGGAGGAGGAGGAGGAGGAGGAGGAGCUGGCCGCGCCCGGGAGUCACUGAGUCCUCGCACGGGGGGCGGCGGGGAACUGUCGUCUCCAAGCCCGGAGGUGGCGGGAGUGACCCCUCCGGAGUGAACGCCUCCCCAGACACACACCGCUAGAUCGGCAGCUCACCCCGACACAGUGGCCCGCAGCCCGAUCUUCAGGGACCACGAUUCGCCGGGGACUGGGGUUUGGUCUUCCCAGGACCUUGCUGUGCCAGGGCCCUGAGCCAUGAGAGGGAUGGGUUGUGGGGGUCCUAGCACCGAACCCUUCUAUGCCGCUAGCUGUGGUGUUUCCCAUAUGCAGGGGUGACUGGGACUUUCCCCCCAGGACUCAGGGGAAGAUGGAGCUGUAGGGACUCUUUUUUAAUAAGCUGAAGCUCUCAAAAGGAAGAGAGCACCAAAAGUAGUGGAGCUCAGGUACGUCAACCUAGUUGCAGUGGCCAGAAAUGCAUUUAAUUUAUAGAUCCCUGUAUAUAGUUGUUGAGAUAUGCACUAUCAGCUAUAAUCACAGAACUCUAUGUAUCCUCCCACACCCUGGGUAGCUACUGACUGAUGGGGUCUAGCCAGGGCUAUUUGCUGGCCUCUAAAGUGUACCUAGCUGGAAAGGCACAAACAUGGCUUUUUUCAUCACCCACUCUUUCCCCAUCCCCUCCUAUUUCAGAAAGACAGGUUUAUGGCAUUCUUACACAAGAGUAUAAUCAUUCUCAGACUGCUGACGUGACAGUAGAAGUAGAAACAGUUCAGGGAGGGUGGGGAAUGUACUGAUCCCCUCUUCCCACCCCUCAUGCCCCAACCAAAGUGGCUUCCUGUUGUAGCCCUGAGUGUCUGGAUAUGGGCCAAGGACGAUGGAAGGGAAAGAGCAGUGCCGCUGUGCUUCAAUACUUGGCCUUCCUCUCGAAGAAUUCUUUUAGGAAGGGCAAGCUUUUGUAAGUAGAGUGGCAAGUGUUUUAUCUUUUCUGUCUUGCUCCUCAGGGUCUUGUCAGGUUCCAGAUCUUAAUUUAUUUCUUGCUUCUCAAGAUCUUGUCACCUUUCCCUUCCUUCUUUCCUGAGCUCAUAGUCACUCAGCUGCCCUGCUAUUGGGGUGAAAUCUGUUGUGAAGCGAGCUUUGUGUGCUCCAGGUUUGAGUUGUACUACAGAAUCAGAAAGGCCGGCACGUUGGCUUCAAACUCAGGAUUGUGAUUACUUACUGUUCUUAAGGAUUGUGCUCUGAUAGCCAGUUAAGAAACCAGCCAUGGGAAUGGUGAAAUGGCUUGUCUUUUAUCUUUGCUGAUAAGCCUCCCUUAAAUGCAGCCUGUAAUUGUAUAGAAGAGGUGAAAAACAUCAAGGGAAAUGACAUACAUACAUCUUUGGGGCAGCGAGAAUUAUACUUCCUCAAUUUGGGUUGCAUUUCCUUCUGCCACUUGCUUUUAGGCAAUUGAGUGUGGGUAGUGACAAGAUAUCAAACCCUUUAGUGUUUCCUUUUUGGGAAAUGAGGCACUUAAAAAAAAAAUAAAAGGAAAACGGAUGCACCUGAGUCCUGAAACAGUUUGUCUUUCCAGUUUUCUGGCCUGCAUUCUAGUUAGCUCUGGUCCAAGUUUACAGGACAACAGCCUUGCUUUAAGCCAUGUCCUGUUGUGGCCAAGAACAUAGCAACUGAGCUGUGACAGCCUACAGCAGGCUGAUAACACCCUGAGGUCCAUGGACUUCUUGGACAUUUCUUAGACCAGGACUUCAGUCAUCAGGAAGCCCAUGAGGCCUUUUUAACUUUUUGGUGAGAGACUAAAGGAAGAAACAAAAUGCUACUUUAUAACUUCGAUAAUAGCUUGUAAUUUAUAUUUAAUGUGUGAAUUUUUAGUCCUAUAUUUUAAUAAUUUGUAAAUUGAUCUCUCAUUCCAAGAAUCCUUUGGACUUGCAGGAGAACAUCUGGGAGUCCAGUCCCCCGAUCCCUCCCUGAUCCCUGCUUUCUUGACUGUUUAAAUCUACUUUGGGAUUGGAUCAAAGAGCCCAGGGAGCCCACUCAUGGGUCCAGCUGGCCUCCUGACUCUAAAGCCUUCACUGGAGUUGGAACAUUUGCUCCAGCCCUAGCUGUGAACAUGACCAGAGACGUUAUUUAUAAUUCAGCCAUUCAAGAUAUACCUGUACUCAAAAAGUUCUGUAUAUUUUUUAAAAGUUUUAUUUUUCAGGUGAACAAAAAUACAUUCUAAGAACUCUGCCUAA